AUGACAAACGACCUAAUCGGCCCUUUAUAUUUCAUUAUGCUGAAUGCGCAUCUUAAGAUUGUCAUCGAACGAAUUCAGGGUGUUGGAUGGAAUAGGAUGAAAACAAAGGAAGAGAACUGUCGCGAACUUUUGGAAUGCAUUGAGGAUCAUCGACUUAUAAUGAAGAUGUUUGAUGUAUUAGAGAGCAACCUCUCCUUCGCAAUGUUCACCCAGUUCGCGAGUACCGCCAUCACCGUCGCUAUGGAACUAAUGUUUGCUAUAUUCUACCCAUUUAGUUUUACGCAAAUUUCGAUGCUUCUGGUUUCAGCCUUUUCAUCUGCUCUGGAAAUCCUGCCAUGUUGUUACUAUUCGAAUGAUUUUAUGGUACAAACGAACGGGAUCGUAACUGCAAUUUACUCCUCAAAUUUCUAUGAACAAUCGAAGGAGUUUCAAAAGACCAUGAUUAUUUUCAUGCAGAUGACACAAAAGGCAAAAGUGGUUUCUGCAGGAAAAAUGUUUCCUGUCACAUUGGCUACGUUCGCGUCGAUAAUGAAAACAUCUUAUACAUUAUUGACUGUCGCCAGUCAAUUAAGGUAGAUACUCGUGGGGUUACAUUUAAACGUGCUAUAUGUACUUGACAACGUCAAUCUUCACAAAUAUGAGUUACCU